CUCUUGGAGGACCUGUGUUCGGAUCGGGGAGGACUAACUCCUGGAGAACGCUGUUGCCCACGGGCGAGCUUUUGUCGGCUCUUUGCUCUUGGAGUACCAGCUGCUCGGUGUGGGAGGACCUGCUCCAGGACGCCAAAGAUGCACUUGUCCCCUCAGGACGGGCGGGAGGACCUCACAGCUCCUCGGUCUUGGAGGACCAGCUCGCAGUGAAGAGGGACACCCUUGUCCCCGGAGGUCCGGCAGGAGGACCUCACGUCUCUUUAGUCUUGGAGGACCUGGGGCCCGGGUCUGGGAGGACCAGGUCGUGGAUGGCGAUGGCGGAGGAGAAGGAGCCCGAGAGCGACGGGGAACGGAGGCUGCGGGAGGUGGUGGAUGAUCUGUAUCUGUUCCGGGACCAUUACUUUGAGAAUCACAGCGUGGAGGAGGCUGGCAGAAAACAGCAGGAUCUGGUGGAGAAGCUGAACAUGACUCUGGGCGAGAUGGACGCUCUUGAAGGCAGUUCCCCGAACAAGGCCCAGUUCCUGAUGCUGAAAGGCAAGGCCCUCAAUGUGGUCUCCGAGUACAGGCCCAAGGCAGAGGAAGCCCUGUGUAAGGCUGUCAAGUUAGAGCCGGGCCUGGUGGAGGCAUGGAACCAGCUGGGCGAGGUCUACUGGAAGAAAGGAGACAUUGCUGGAGCCAAGACCUGUUUCUCCGGAGCACUCAACCAUUGUAAGAACAAGGUGUCACUUCGAAACCUGUCGAUGGUGCUGCGUCAGAUCAGUGCUCAGGGAGAGGAGUAUGCCAGGAACGUGUUUGCCAGCGUGGAACAGGCCAAACUGGCUGUACAGAUGGAUGUCAAGGAUGGCACAUCAUGGUAUAUCCUCGGAAAUGCCUACCUGUCUCUGUUCUUCGUGACGGGACAGAAUCCGCGCCUCUGCCAGCAGGCUGUGAGCGCCUACGCUCAGGCGGUGAGUGUUAGCCACCUCAGACACGGGAGAAAACAGCGACAGGGCCGUUCGCAACCCCCCCCCCCCACCCCAAUUCACAUCCGCUUUCCCUGUAACCCUCGCUCGACGCAUCGGGGAUCUCUCAAAUACACUCCCGUCCUCCGCAGCUCCCUGUGGCAAAGACCCACAGCCCUCCGAGGGAGGAAAUCCCUCCUUAUCUCAGUCCGAAAUUGGUGCCCCCUUCAUUCUCAGACUGUGCCCCUCCGGAGGCUCCCGGCCUGUCUAACCCCUGCUCGUGAGACAGUCCUUCGGUACCCAGGGAUCGUCCCAGGCAUGCUGAAGGCCAAGAGGCUGAACAACAUGAUGGCUAGCCUUCAGAACAAAGAGCUCCCUGUGUACAAGGACCGAACGUACACCAGUGCCAGCGGUAAGGAGGUCUCUCUCACCCUGAAACCACUGCAAGGCCUGAAUCCCGGAGCGAACACAGGCUCGGUGGUGAUCGGCAAGGUUGUGUUCAGUCUGACCGACGAGGAGAAGGUGCCAUUUACCUUUGGUUUGAUCGACACAGAGGGAACGUGCCUGGCCGUGAUGGUUUACAACAUUGCGGAGAGCUGGGGCGUUCUGAUCGGAGACACAGUGGCUAUUCCCGAACCACAGCUUAAACAGCACAGCAUAGACCACAACGGCAAGGUGAGAGAGACUGGCAUAUCAGCCUCGGAGUCCCCUCUGGUCCUGCUGGUGAAUGGGAGGAAGCAGAGUCUCACCAGCCAAGCAGCAGCAAUUGUUGCCUACAAACCUCAGAUGGAGUAGAGGCCUCAGCACCGGGGGAUAUGGCCGUAUUUCCCCCCUGCCCUCUCCCCUUCCCUCCCCUCCCCACCCUCAGUGACCACCAGCAGAUAUGGCCUGUCCUCCCCAGGGACUACAAGCAGAUGUGACCAUAUUCCACCCCCUCCCCACCCUCCAGAAACCACCUGCAGACAUGGUCGAGUCCUCCAGGGAUUUCUUGCAGACACGGGCCCUCUCUCCCAUCGCUGGAGUUGCACUCUCACACUCACGUUUCACACACACUCAUGUUUCACACACACACACUCUCUCACACACACGCCCACCGCCCCACACGCGCGCGCACACACACACACACACAGGCACCCCCACACACACGAUAUGCUCCCAGCCCUUUACCAAAGCUCCAUGCAGCAGUCCCUGCUCUGUCUGGCCUGUGAAUUUGCGCCGAGCCCCAGGGCCAGCUCAGCACGGGCCAGUCAUUUGACAUGGGAUCCUCUGUCCCACUCAGCACCCCGGCCGCCCCUGACGAUUAAAUGCUCACUUGCCCUAAUCCCCCGGGGGGGGCGGGGGCGGGGCGGGGGCGGGGUGGCAAAAGGUUUCCCAUCACUUGCUUUGAUACAGUGUCCCACAACAUCUUUGAUACAGUUUGCAAAGUGUAUAUAUUUUCCAUGUUUUUCUAAAACAAAAGUGUAUAUAUUUAUAUAUAUUUCUUGGUUAACUUCCAGAACUGUACAUUUUUUGUUUCUCUGUGUGUGUGUGUUGUUAUUGAUCGUGCAGUUUGCCUUUGUUGUCCUAAAGCGAGCUGUGAUUGUGAAGUGAGUGAUUAAAAGUUGGUGAAUUGGAAA